CAAAAUUAUAAAUAAAAUAAAAACGUGGAUUCAGUUUAAUAGAAAUAUGAUAAGAAAUACUAUUAAGAGGUCACUGCUCUUACUUUUUAUAAAAUUAGUUAUUACCGAUAGUUUUAUUCCAACAAAAUUUGCAAGUAAAAUUAUAAGAGGAUGGAAUUUGUACUUUCAUGUAGCGUUUUCUGAUUCAUUUCAUAUGUGUGACGGAAUAUUUUUAAGACCAGAAGUGUAUCUUACGGAUGCAGCUUGUAUUCAUCAUGUACUGAAAACAGAUAAAAUCGAUAGAGUUUUCAUCAACAAGUCAUUGAAUAAAUCGACAAAUAUGAAGAAUAUCGAUGUCAAUCUUAAAAUCGGUGUUUAUAAUGAAGAUUUGACAAAUGGUUACGAUGAAUCUGGACGUCAUAUUGCUAUUUUAAUAACCGGUAGUCAAAUUCCGUAUGAUGACAUCAAUGAAAAAUUUAUUGAAUUACCGAAAAAUAUAGAAGAUGUUGAUUUAUCGAGAUGCUUUCUACGUCAGCAUGAUGGAUAUGAAGCGAAUAUUAGUCCAUGUAUAAUAGCCGAUAACAACAGAACCCUCACAUGUAUUUAUAAUUUCAAUAUUAACGAGCAACAAGAUUCCGGAAAUACUGUUAUGUGUAAUUUCAAACAAGAUUUCAAUAACCAGGUUCUCGUUGGAAUUUGGUCGAAAAACAAACCUAUAAACUUUGAUGCGGAUAAUCCGUUGAUGGUGAUUGAAAAUAUCUGUGAUUUACGUGAUAUCAUUGAUAAAAAUUUCCAGUUUUUAGAUUUGUAAGAUUAUUUAUAUGUGUAGUUGUUUAAUUAUACCAAUAAAAUA